GCACUGCUGCAAUCUACAGUUCAACAGCAAGAAGCAGCUAUUGAAAAACAGUAUAUAUUAGCAAUUGAAAAACAUUCUCACAAAUGUGAAGAACUUCUUAAUGCUCAGCAUCAGCGACUUCUUGACAUUUUGGAAGCAGAGAAGGAAGUAUUAUCAGAAAAGAUAGAAGAAGCUUUGAUGCAGCAGUCACAAAAACACAAGGAAGUGCUUGACAAAUGUUUGGAUGAAGAAAGACAAAGAAGUAAGGAGGCUGUGGCAGCUGCUGCAGAGGCUGAAAAAGAAGUGGUGCGGGAGGCUGUUCUGAAAGCAGUAGAGGAAGAGAGGAGAAAUAUGGAAAAGAUUCAUGCAGAAGAAAGAAAAAUAUGGGAAGCAGAACGCGACAGACAUAAAGAGAAGAUUGCCCAGGCUGUUUGGGAAGCCAUGCAAGAGCAAAGAAAGCAUGAUCAAGAAAAUGUCAAGGAAGCAUUAAUGGAGGAGCGGAAACGAAGUGAAAAGGCAAUCGAAGAAGCAGUGAAAAGAACAAGAGAGGAACUGAUGGAAUAUAUUAAAGAGCAGAAAAGGUUAGAAAGAAUUGUGAAUGAGUCCUUUUAA